ACAGCUGAUCACAUCUGUCACGCUGACAGCUUGAGAGGAGAGCCGGUAAUCAGCUUUCCGCAGAGGGGAAAUGUACACUGAUCAUCAGGGCACUGAUGACCAUUGUGCCCUGAUGAUCAGUGUAGCCCCAGCAGUGCCACCUGUCAGUGUCCAUCAGUGCCUUAUGUCAGUGCUCAUCAGUGCCUCGUGCCACUGCCACAUAUCAGUGCCUACCAGUGCACAUCAAUGCCACAUAUCAGUGCCCAUCUGAGCUGCCUUUCAGUGUCACCCAUCAGUGCCGCCUAUCAGUGCCACCUAACAGUGCCAGCCAGUGCCGCCUAUCAGUGCCAGUCAGUGCCGCCUAUUAGUGCCAGUCAGUG